UAGUCUGCCUCAUUCUAGGAAGAAGAACAAGAACAAGAAGGAAGCAGUGCAGCAGAAACAUAGACAGUAGAGGAACAGAAACCGUCUGUUAAGUUUCUGUCCACGGGCGUGUUCUGUGUCCGCGGUCAGUGUGAACGGAAUGGUGUCGGUCCCGGUGUAGCGACGGCGGAACCAGCAGAUAGACCGGACCGCAGUCUGGAGAGGAACAACAUGGCCGACGAAGCUGCUUUCCAGUUUUUACAUAACGAAGUGAUACAGUACAUUUACAAGUCAGCUGAGAGCGGAGAGACGGAGAAUGGGAGACAUAUCGCCAAACUGGAGAAUAUGGGAUUCAGGGUCGGCCAGGGGCUAAUAGAGAGACUAACAAAAGACACAGCACGGUUCAAAGAUGAGCUGGACAUUAUGAAGUUUGUCUGUAAAGACUUCUGGACCUGUGUGUUCAAGAAGCAGAUCGACAACCUUCGGACCAAUCACCAGGGCAUCUAUGUUCUCCAGGACAACAAAUUCCGCCUGCUGAGUCAGCUGUCAGCUGGGAAACAGUAUCUGGAACACGCCCCAAAGUAUCUGUCCUUCUCCUGUGGUCUGGUGAGAGGAGCGCUGUCCAGCCUGGGGGUGAAGAGUAUUGUGACUGCUGAGGUGUCCAUCAUGCCUGCGUGUAAAUUCCAGAUCAUGAUCCAGAAAAUGUAGCGGCUAGCUUAGCCACACUAACUCUGCACUCUUCUGCCGUCAUAUGUUCUUGCAUUUUUGUCAUUAAAGGGAAAUGCCUCCAUUUUUCAUCACUACAAUAUUCUAUUAACUUUAAAUUGCAGUUACAUUUUCAUUUGUGAUUGGCAAAAAUUAGAUUAGACUUCCAGUCUUUAGAGGAGGAGAUUUACACACUGUCAUUAAUAACACUUUCAAUGCCAUGAUGAUUAUUGCUGAGAAUGAUUUUAUGUUAUGUCUUUUAUGUAAAGUCGUCAUUAAAUGAAUGUCUAAGUAUUCUCAUUAUGGAAGGUCUAUGGCACCCUCUGGUGGCAAAGGUAAAAUAUCAGUUUGAAAUGAUACUGAGUAAAGUGUGAAUCCAUUUUAAUAAAUGAUCAAAUAUUAUUGAAUUAUCAA